ACAUUCUCAUGAAAUAUUAUUUUCAUGAAACAUGAAAAUAAUAUAAAAAUGAGAGGGGCAGAAAAUUGGCAGUGUGAGGUUUCGGCAUUAAAAAGUGGGCCUUGGGGUUAAAGCAAAUGUGCGUUUAUCGCAGGCAGUGUUGCUUUUGCAGUGUUGCCUGAAAUAUCUGGAGUUCAAGGAUGUGACCUCCGUCGGCUGUGCUGGCCGGGAUAACGGGAGUCGUAGGUCCCAGCUGUGUGAGGGCACCAGCUCUGGGAACUCUGGCCAAGUUAUCUUGUAGUUUUGCCUAGAAUUUCUUACUGACUCUCACGUUAAUUGGUGCUUUUUCUCCCUUAAACAUGCCUGGAAAAGUGAGGUUCACGGAAGCAAGUGCAGAUUAGGUUCCUUCUAACUUAUUUUCCUAUUCCUAAAGGGAUCACAGAAUUCCCAUCCCUUAAUCCUCCAAUGGGAGUAGGUAAAAUGGGUAUUCUCAUUCCCAGCAAGAAAAGUUGCACAGAAAACAGGUACUGGCAUAUUAGCUGGUGUGAUGUACACUAGUUUUGUUUUCUUCAUUGCUUGCCUCAGUGCGACGGAGAACAAAUUACUACCACUAAGAAACGCAACCCCAGGCUUCUUCCUCAGUUUAUAGUAGGACAUGGAUAAUUUCUCUAUCUCUUGGUGUAGGAACUUUCAGCUCAUGCUAGGCUGCUAGAGGAAAUUUCCAGUGAUUCUACAAAAGCCGCUGCCUAGCUGAAGGGAAAAAACCUAGUAUAUUUGAAUCCAAUUAAUUUUUCUUCACAUUGGAUAAAGAUAGUGAGGCUUAAUCAUGUAGGUUUAGAUCCAUAUAACGUCUUUAAUUGGGUUUGGAGGUUUCCAGAUCACUUUGGCCUUGAGAAAGGAGGAGAGGCUGCUUUUAAAGGAGGGUCAAAUCUCCGAGCACAUGGAAGGUACUACCUAGACCAUAAUUAAGGUUUAAUCCAUGCAAACAGCAGAUGGGGAAGUUGUUUCUAGAUCUGGGGUCUCCCACUGUUUGGGACCUGGUGUGUAUUUGGGAAUUUCGGAAGCCACAUAAAGCGUUGGCACCAGCCUUUCGUGCCCAUGGUUCUUACCUGCAGCGGCUUCAUCAAAAGAUUGUUUCAUAUCUGCUGAAAAGCAGAGCAUGUUUCUAGGAAGGGCCUGAAGUGCAUUUCAGCCACUAGUGCGAUGCAGUCGAUGCCUCUUUUACACACAUAUUUUGCCUCUCUUUGUGGGGAAGUUAAUGGCACAGAUCUAGCGCUGGGACGGUCUUUAAGAUUCGCUGACAUGCAGGUUCUGACCAGCUUCGUGGAAAUUAACACGUAGAAGGAGAAAUCUCUGUGCCAUUUUGAGAGCGUAUUACAAAACUGGAGGGAUAAACUAGAAAGUGGUGGAUUAAGGGCGUAUAGACAUCACAGUAAAAUGGAAAGCUGUUUGCAUGAAAAGUUCUGGUUUUGUUGAAACUCCUGCAUAAUUGCUAGGAAGUUGAACGCAUUUUCUACAGAUCUGUUUAUUUAGCAUUGAAUUUAUAAUCCGCUUAAUCAGUCAUCCAGCAGGACUCUCUAAGCAGAUAUACAAAGCACAUGAAAGCAAAACAAGACAUGACAAUAAAAACAAUAUACACAACAAAACAAUCGACCCAUGAUAAACAAACACCAUCGUAAACACAAACCAUGACAAUAUGCAAUGAGUAUAGAAUAUAAUGUUUAAUGUAUACAGUAUGCAGCUGAAAGUUGUAUGUGUAAUAAAACAAUGCUUGCAUAUUUAAACAAUGGGGAGGGAUUAAAUAAAAUUUAAAAAAAUGUUUAGGACCCUUGCAUCAAUGGCAUUCGAGCCAGCAAAUGCGGCUAGAAUGUAACUUUGUGGGUUCUGCAUUAGGGCCUCCCUAAAUUGUGAAGGACUGACAGUUUUUUAAUUAAAAGCCUUUCUAUCCCAUCCCCUACAGAACGUCUUGGGACAGCUUACCAUAGACUUGCAAAUUGUAGCUUUGUUUCCUCCCUGAUAUGGCAGGAUAUUUUUAUGGGGAAAGACACAGUUCUUCAGAUACAGUCUGAACUCUCACGAAUCAAACCUAUUGUUUUAGCAAGAACGAUGCUCUCCUUUUUUAAUGGCAUAGCUCUGCAGAAAUUCUUUCCACUGGGGCCACGUUUUAAAAUCCACAGAGCUUUUCGCUUCCUUGUGGGUGUUGUGAGCUCAGAUCAGUUAACAGAAUGGCUCUGUCUGCUUGUAAAGUGGAUCGUUCCCCGUUUCAGGCACCGGUGAAGUUUGAAGAUGUCAUUGUUUAUUUCCUCAAGGAUGAGUGGAAGCUGUUGGAACAGUGGCAGAAGAACCUGUACUGGGAAGUUUUAACAGAUAAUUAUGAGGCUUUAGUCAUUACAGGGCAUCCGGUCACCGCAUCCGACAUCUCGGCAUGGGUUGAGCAAUGUGAGCACCUGAACGUAAAAGGAACUUGGGAAUCCGGAGCUGGUGAUUCCGCUGGGGCUCUUUCUGCAGCAAACGGCCAAUGCAGAGAGAUUUGGGGCAAAAAACAGGCCGAGCGGGAAGGACCGCCCCCAGCGAUCCAGGGAGGCACGGGCCGAACGGAGCCUUGGCACUUGCCACGAAGCCCCCCGAGAGACGAGCCGUUUCCACGGGCUGGGAGUCAAGCGGGCGGGCCGGUGCUGGCAGGCUCCCGGGGGGCCAGCGCAGCACCGAAAUGCUACAGAUGCAGAGAGUGCGGCAAGAGGUUCCGACUGGAGAAGCUGCUGCAAAUUCACCAGGAGGUCAGCCGGAAGAAGGGGUCCUUUCCUUGCCCUAAAUGUGGGGUGUGCCUUCCCAGCCCCUCGCAUCUGCUGAGGCACCAGAGGACCCACUGGUCCCCGUGGGGGAAGGAGAACUGGCUGGGCGUGCCGUGCGGGGCCCAGGCGCCGGAGGUGUUGCACCCCUGUGCGGCCUGCGGGAGGCGCUUCGGUGGGUUCCUUGCCCUCCUCCAGCACCAGAAGGACCACGACGAGGCCCAGCCCUGGCCCUGCCGGCAGUGCGGCGACGUCUUCAUGUACCGGAGCGAGCUGCUCAUCCACGAGGAGGGGCACCUGGAGGAGGCGCUGCGCCUGCGGGCCGGAUGUGUCGGGAACUGCAUCUGCCAGUGCUCGCUCCUGCUGCACUUCUCGUCCCGCGGCGGGGGGCGCGGCGGGGACCCCAAGCCCGGCCCGCGGGAAGCGCCCGGCCCCGAGGAGGAGGAGGAGUCCUUCUUGUGUGCGCAGUGCGGGCUGCUGUUCAAGCUGGAGAUCAGCCUGAAGGUGCAUUUCCGGUACUGCCACGAGGAGGUGCCGCCAAAACGCGAGUCAAAUCGCGGCCCGCAUUCCACGCCCCCGUGGCCUGGCGGGGGCCACGCGGAACACCAGGGCAGCCGGCCGCUCCUUGGGGGCGGCCAGGGUGACGCCGGCCGUCCCCGGCCUCCCUCGCCACCCGCCGCCCCGCACGUGUGUGCCGUCUGCGGCAAGAGCUUUGUCUUCCAGUCCACGCUGCGCAAGCAUCAGCGGAAGCACCGAGCGGGGAAGCCGGGGGCCGUCCCCCAGCAGGACGCCAGCCCGGGCCGCGUGGGCAGCUCGGGGGGCCCGAAGUCCGUGUGCGUGACCAAGAGGCUGCUCAAGUGCCAGGAGUGCGGGGACAAGUUUGUGUACAAGUGGCAGCUGGCCGCGCACCUGAAGGGCCACGGCGAGGAGGGCAGCUACGACUGCCCCUACUGUGGGAAGAAUUUUGGGUGCGUGAGCAGUCUUUGGAAGCACCAUCAAAUACACCUGGAGGAGGCCGCAUGUAGGAACGGCCCAUCGCGAACGUGCGCCGGUGCGCUCGCCGGGAACCGGCAGUCACACGCCCUGGAGCAGCUUUACCACUGCGAGUGUGGGAAGAGCUUCGCCCGGCGCUACCUGCCCAUCCACCGGGCCUUCCACGCCGGCGUGCGGUACAGGUGCCUCCUGUGCGGGAAGGUGUGCAACUUCCGCGGGGCGGCGGCCUCGCAUUGCAAGAGCCACAAGGAUCUCUCCCCGUGUCCCAAGUGCGCGGAAACAGGCGCCUCGGGGCCGUGCUGCUGCAUGAUCGAGAGGAUCUGUGUCGCACCGGGGCCGCACGGGCGGGAGGGACUGGGCCCGCCUGGCGUGGGGCUGUCUCCCAGGCACCUCUACCCAAAGCACGGGGAGCAGCUCCCCUCCAGAAGUGGUCGUGGCUUCAAGGAACAGCCCCCCACGGGGAAGCAGGGCGCCCGGCCAGCGCAUCCCAGGGCGCAGCGCCGGAAGCCGGAGCGUCGUCCGGCCUUCCGACCGAGCCCCGCAAAGCCUUACAAGUGCAAAGACUGUGGAAAGGCGUUUGCCCACUUCGGUUGGCUGACCGUGCACCGCAGGGCGCACACGGGCGAGCACCCCUUUCAGUGCGCCGAAUGUGGGAAGACCUUUGGCCACCGGGGCUACCUGGACCUGCACUGGAAAAUACAUGCCAGGGAGGGUGUUUGACGGCUUCGGGAGGCCGUGACGGCGCUGCUCCCUGGCGGACGCGGGGGAGGCUGGGUGCCGUGAUGGAGCCGAGCCGGGCUGGCUUCCCCGUGGAGAUGGCGGGCGAGGUGGGAAGGGGCUCGCAGGACUUGGACCGUCUCCAGAGGCCUUCUCCAUCUCGUCGGUGGCUUUCUUUACAUAGCUUUUAACCCGUGCCUCUCUUGCCACCAAAAGCCGUCAUUGCUGCCCACUUUCUCAGUCUUGCCUCUAGAAAAAGCCCCCUCUGGUCUCAGAACACGUAAGCUGGGAUGUGGAGAUGUUUACACAGGCGCAUUGAGCACCCAAGGCACCUUUUAGGGGCGCCAGUGUCCGCUAGCGUGUCUUCUUGGCUGCUGGCAGGAGUUCUCAUUAAAGUUCUUUUGAACUGGGAGAUGCAGAAACUUUAGUUUCUGGAAGAGAAGUAUGCCUUUUUUCCAGUAUUCUGAAAAGGGCAGUGUCUUAAGUCUGAUCUAAUUUCAUCCUGCCCAGAAUAUAUGGGGAAAUGCAUCAAAGGUCUGGCAUCCUUUGAUAAAUAGCCAAAACAUUUGUUCUUGGUUUAGCUGCCACGGCUCCAGCGAGAGAAGCACCGUUGACACUUUAUUCUGGGUAUUUAAUGGGGAACGGAGGCUGGAUCGAUGCCUUGAGGCUUCUCCUGUGCCAUUACUUGAAUAGUUUGGAGCACCCCGAUUUAACAUGGUGCGCCGCAUGGCUCCGUGGCGCACUGAAUUGUUCUCCCGCUGCACAUCAGUGCAAAGGCAUGCGGAACGUGUUUCCGCUGUGUUAAAAGUGCUUAGUUUUUUCGUAACUGAGGCAAGUUGACUUGAUUUUUUUAAACACGCCCUCCCCACCCGCGCUUGGCCACAGUGAGCAGGUGGGCUUUGGCUGGAUUCAGCGGGGUCUUAGGGUUUAUUUAUGGGGCUUCAUCAGCCGCUCUGCAGGAGGGGCUUGGCACAACACUGGCACCAGCGGGUUUGGGGGCAUCCCUCCUGUCCCCAGGGUCCAGAUACCUCAUUCUUUAAAAAUUGGAUCACACCGUUUAAAAAACAAACAUGCUACUGAUUUAGGGACAUGAAGAUUUUUUUUCUUGACAGACACCUAAAAGUUUCCUUUCUGUUAUGAAAGAGCGACUGAUGGGGUUGUAUAGUUUGAAGUCCUGGACUCAUAUGCCCCUCUGUCCUUUUCUAUAAAAAAUCCAAAAGUUUAAGGAGAAAGGAACCAUAGGAAAUACACUAUGUCUGUUACACACCUGAAGCGAUCAAAAUACUGAUCUCGGAAGCUGAUUUUAAACAUGCUUGUUCAGAGAAGAGCCAGCUGUACAAGAGUGACUUUUUGCGAGCAAGUAAUUGAAUGGAAAGAACAGGAGAGUCUUAGCUGUGAAAAGUCACACUUGAGAAUAGUGGCUCAUGUUUUUGUAAUGCUUGCUAUAAAAAUGUUAUUAAACAUUUAUUUUGGGAUUGUCCCCUUUUCGGCCUGAAAAGUGGGCAUUUGUAUACA